AGUUAAAAAAUACUUUGUUGAAAAUUGAAAAAGAGAAGUCCGUUCGUUCCUCAUUUGGAGCUACAGUGACCGUUUCUAGUGCUCAGGAAAAGAGAAAAAAAAAAAGGAGAGAGGCGCUUUGGAUUUGUGGGACAUCAGAGGAUUCUUCGAUCUCCAGAUUCUUACUCGAGGGAUUCUUAUUCGCUUUCACCUGCUUUUGUUCUUAUCCUCCGCUUAUUCCGCCGAGUGCCGUGGCGGCGGCUCUGCGCCACUGGUUAUUUUGAUGGUUCGAUCGAUCUUUUGAUGGAUUCUGAAGAGUGAGACUGUUAAAGAAGACUAUAAGAUGGAUUUGAUACUUCAAACAGUAGCUUAAGAGAUAUUGCGGUUAUGUCAGAGUCUCGUCAAAGGCCUCCUUUUAAGGGCCCCAGAUGGAUUAUCACUUUGGUUGUUCUGGUUACGGUUGUUGUCAUCACCGCAUUCAUAUAUCCUCCGCGGAAUUCUGUGGCUUGCUAUAUGUUUUCUCGUCCUGGAUGUCCUUUAUACCAACAGUUUUUGUUUGUACCGUCGAGGGAAUUGACUGACUCUGAAGCUGCAGCUCAAGUUGUCAUGAAUGAAAUCAUGAACCUACCUCAAUCUAAGACAGCAAAUCCCAAGAUAGCCUUUAUGUUCUUAACACCAGGGACGCUACCUUUUGAGCCUCUGUGGGAAAUGUUCUUCCGUGGUCAUGAGAACAAAUUUUCAGUUUAUGUGCACGCGUCAAAGAAAAGUCCUGUACAUACAAGCAGCUAUUUUGUUGGUCGAGAUAUUCACAGUCACAAGGUUGCUUGGGGUCAGAUAUCCAUGGUUGACGCAGAAAGAAGGCUAUUAGCUCAUGCUCUCGUUGAUCCUGAUAAUCAACACUUUGUGUUACUUUCAGAUAGUUGUGUACCGCUAUUCGACUUUAACUAUAUCUAUAAUCACUUGAUCUUCGCGAAUCUCAGCUUCAUUGAUUGUUUUGAGGAUCCUGGACCACAUGGAUCUGGUCGGUAUUCACAACAUAUGCUGCCUGAGGUUGAAAAGAAGGAUUUUCGGAAGGGCUCACAGUGGUUUUCAAUGAAGAGGAGACAUGCUAUAGUCGUCAUGGCGGACAGCCUUUACUACACAAAAUUCAAGCUUUAUUGUAGGCCGAAUAUGGAAGGACGCAACUGCUAUGCGGACGAGCAUUAUUUCCCAACUCUUUUCAAUAUGAUUGAUCCAGAUGGAAUAGCAAACUGGUCAGUGACACAUGUUGAUUGGUCAGAAGGCAAAUGGCAUCCGAAACUAUACAAUGCAAGAGACAUCACUCCUUACCUCAUCAGGAAAAUCAAGUCCAUCCAACUUGCUUACCAUGUCACAAGCGAUUUAAAGAAAGUGACGACAGUAAAGCCGUGUCUAUGGAAAGGAGAGCAACGUCCAUGUUACCUAUUUGCUCGGAAGUUUAAUCCUGAAACUCUGGACCGAUUGAUGUAUCUCUUCCCUAACUACACCUCGCUGGUUUGAAAGGCUUAUCAGAUUCUGGAUUGUCUGGUUUGGUCUGUGUUAAGCUCUUACCAAAGCAUACACCUUGUGUGAUAAAUAUUAGGACCAUUCAUAUUGCUUUGAUUCAAAGUUGGGUUUGAGCCUGGCACAGACAAGAACAAGAACUGCCCUGGUGUUUUUUUUGGUUUAUGCUUAACAAACAUUAGCGUGCUAGCAUGCGAGGUCCAUGACAAUUGUUUUAGGUGGUUUUCUAUAGUCCUUUACCUAGUGGUAUCAAAUAACCACGUGGCUAUGCCUUUUCUUCUGUUAGAAGGUGAGACCCAAGUCGCUCUAAUCCCACAAACAUCUGGUUUAGCUUCUUCUUCACA